AACUCAACUUGAACCUAGAAGAAAAGCCCCCAAAAAUUAAAAAGAAGAGCUUUUUUCUCUUCUCUUCUUCUCCUUCUCGUUCCUCCCCUCUGCAAAUCGAAGGGGGCAGCCAUGGAAGCCUUGCUCAUAGACUGUGUUCACCACAGCCUUCACGAUUUCAUGUACCGCAACGCCAUUUUCAUCUGCGAGCGUCUCUGCGCCGAGUUUCCUACCGAGUCAAAUUUGCAAUUAUUAGCCAGCUGCUAUUUGCGCAACAAUCAAGCUUAUUCUGCCUACCAUAUACUGAAGGGAGCACAAAUGGCUCAAUCCCGCUAUCUGUUUGCAAUAUCAUGCUUCCGAAUGGAUUUUCUUAAUGAAGCUGAAGCAGCAUUGAGCCCUCCUAAUGAGCCGAGUGCAGAGGUCCCAAAUGGCGCAGCUGGUCAUUACCUUCUUGGGCUUAUUUACAGGUACACUGAUAGAAGGAAAAGCGCAGCACAUCACUUCAAGGAGGCUUUGUCAAUUGAUCCAUUAAUGUGGGCUGCAUAUGAGGAACUCUGUUUGUUAGGCGCUGCUGAUGAAGCAUCUACAGUCUUUGGGGAAGCAGCUGCUCGUUGCAUGCAGAAACAGUACCUACAUCACAGGUCAGCUUCCCAAAGUCUGCAUGUGUCAAAUGAGGAUCGUAAUUUUGCUUCAACAAGGAAUUUCUUGAGCUUGGAAGAUGCCAGUCCCAGGCAAUUGAAACACGUGCAAGGCAAUAACAUUAGAGAUAUUCCAGGAAAUUAUUAUAAUAAUACUGUCUUGGGAGGACCUCCUGCUCAGUCUCUCACUGGAGGCUCUUCUAACUUAUCAUUUUAUAAUACUCCUUCACCAAUGGCCACACAGUUCUCUGGUGUUGCUCCACCACCUCUAUGUCGAAAUAUACCGCAAAAUGGUCCAAAUCUAAGCACGGUUGGUGCUGAUAGCUUACCAAAGUCAACUGUAAACUCUACUGUGCAAGCUCCUCGAAGAAAGGUUGUAGAUGAAGGAAAACUACGAAAGAUUUCUAGCAGGUUAUUUAUUGAUUCCGGCACUCGAAGGAGUACAAGACUCUCUGGAGAUGCGGGGCCCAAUACUAAUGUGGCUUCCACAACAGUAGCUGGAAAUGGAACUAGCAACUCGUCUAAAUAUCUAGGAGGGUCCAAGCUCAGCUCUAUGUCAUUACGUUCUAUGACCAAUCGCAAAGGGCAAGCAUGGGCCAAUGAAAAUAUUGAUGAAGGGGUACGCAAUGAGACUUUUGAGGAUGCGCGGUUAAGUAGGAAUGCAACAACUUAUGGUCCAUCACCUUCUGGUGAUGGUAGAUCUCAUGAACAAGAAGGGGCAACCAUGCCUGGUGGUGUUAUCAUGAAUAGUUCAAGAAUCAUUACUGGAAUAGCAGAAAUAUUGAGCCUUUUGGGAACACUUGGGGAGGGCUAUAGGCUUUCUUGUAUGUACAAGUGCCAGGAUGCAUUGGAUGUCUAUCUAAAACUUCCACACAAGCACUACAACACAGGCUGGGUUCUUUCCCAGGUUGGGAAAGCAUACUUUGAGUUGGUAGAUUAUUUAGAAGCUGAUAGGGCCUUCAGUCUUGCCCGACGUGCAUCACCUUACAGUUUAGAGGGAAUGGAUAUAUCUUCUACAGUUCUUUAUCAUUUGAAGGAAGAUAUGAAGUUAAGUUACUUGGCACAAGAACUGAUAUCAACUGACCGCUUAGCCCCGCAAUCUUGGUGUGCCAUGGGAAAUUGUUACAGUUUGCAGAAAGAUCAUGAAACUGCUCUGAAAAAUUUUCAGCGAGCUGUCCAACUUAAUUCAAGAUUCGCAUAUGCACAUACUCUUUGUGGUCAUGAAUAUGUAUCACUUGAGGAUUUUGAAAAUGGAAUUAAGAGCUACCAGAGUGCGCUACGUGUUGAUGGAAGACAUUACAACGCUUGGUAUGGGCUUGGAAUGAUUUAUCUUCGCCAAGAGAAAUUCGAGUUCUCGGAGCAUCAUUUUCGUAUGGCUUUUGAAAUAAAUCCACGUUCUUCUGUUAUCAUGUCUUACGUUGGUACAUCAUUGCACACGCUAAAGAGAAAUGAGGAGGCUUUGAUGAUGAUGGAGAAGGCUAUUAUGGCAGAUAAGAAGAAUCCUCUUCCCAUGUAUCAGAAGGCUAAUAUUCUUGUGAACUUGGAAAGUUUUGAUGAAGCUCUAGAAGUCCUAGAGGAGCUUAAAGAAUAUGCCCCUCGUGAAAGCAGUGUUUAUGCUUUGAUGGGCAAGAUCUAUAAACGACGUAACAUGCCCGAAAAAGCAAUGCUUCAUUAUGGUCUUGCGUUGGAUUUGAAACCUUCUGCAACUGAUGUGGCUACCAUCAAGGCUGCCAUUGAAAAGUUACUUGUACCAGAUGAACUAGAUGACAGCUUGUAGAGUUCAACCUGCUUCAGAAUCAUGCUGUAAAAGAGAAGAUGAUUUUUUUUAUGAGGCUCACAAAAUUCAAGCAUCAAGGAGUUUGUUUGGCUUGCGCUUUCGGCGAACGAGCAUGCAGGCGCAGGGUUAUUUGUUCCCGCUAAGCGCUACUUCCAAGUUCCAACUGGCAGAUGUUAAAAUUGACCUCGGUUAUGUGGGUAAUUGACAUUACUGACGGAGGAUCUGAUGUAACAAUAAUUCCACCAAAGCCGCCACACUUGUACGAAUGUUUGUAAAAUGAUGUUGAGAAAAGAUUCUUGUAUCGUUAGCUUUUUUCCCUUGCCUUUUGUUUUGUUUUUUGUUUUUUUUUUCUUUCUUAUUUUGGUUGUAUCAUCACAUUGAGCCAUACUUGUUCAUAAUCUUAGGGAUUGUUCUUUUGCAACAAGACUCAGACAAAUUUUGAAUUCGAGUUAC